AUGGCAGAGUCUGCAGUGACAUUUGUUCUUGAGAAACUCACAAUCUUGUUGGAGGAUAAGGUGAAUCUAGUCAAAAAUGUCAGGCGGGAAGUUGAAUACAUAAGAGAUGAACUUGAGAGAAUGAUUGCUUUCAUCAGAGUUGCUGAUGCUGCUGAAGACGACGAUCCUAUUGGGCGGGAAGUUGAAUACAUAAGAGAUGAACUUGAGAGAAUGAUUGCUUUCAUCAGAGUUGCUGAUGCUGCUGAAGACGACGAUCCAGAGCUCAAAGUGUGGGUUAAGCAAGUCCGAGAUGUUGCAUAUGACACUGAAGACAUUAUAGAUGAUUACAUGCUGCAAUUCCGCCUCAAAAGUGAAAGUUUUCUGAGGAAAUUAAUUUUCUCUAUACGAAAUCUGAGAAUCCAAUAUAAAAUUUCCUUUGGAAUUCAAAAUAUAAAAUCCAGAAUUAUAGAUAUUGCUGAGGGACAUAGGAGGUAUAGUUACAGGUUUAAUGUUCCCGGGGAAGGUUUAUCGUCACGAUGCGGGACUAAUAGUGGGAUUGAUCCUCGAGGGGAUGCACUUUUAUUAGAAGAAACCGAGCUUGUCGGGAUUGAAAGAAUCACGGCUUAA